AUGUCAACUAGUCCAAAUAAUAGUAGUAAUUCAUUGGCCACUGCUGUGGCUGCUUCAUCACCAUCACAGUUUAGCACAGCCAAGGGAACAAUACUUAGAGGAUACUUGUCAAAGAAAGGACAUGUGAUCAAGAAUUGGAAACUCAGAUUAUUCGUCCUAAAGAUAGGAUCCAACUAUAUUGAGUACUAUGUUGAUGAGAGUAAAGAAUCAACCAACUCACCAAGAGGAAAGAUACCACUUUAUAACUGCCGUUGUGCAGAGUAUGUACACACAAAGAACAAUAAUCCAAGAGAGUAUUGCUUCAAUAUUGAGACAUUCGAGGGCAAGUCAUGGAUUAUAUCUGCGGGAACAAAGGAUCAGCAGGUGCAGUGGAUCGAGUCGAUCAAGGAGGCCGCCUCCUACGCAGAGGAGACCGACGAGUCCAAGCUGGCCAAGCACAAGCAGAUCGAAAAGAUGAUCCAGGACGACAUGAGACAUAAGAGUCGCGUGCCCAUUAUCAAGCUGUUGUUGCUGGGCACUGGCGAGUCGGGCAAGUCCACUGUCGUCAAGCAGAUGAAGAUCCUGCACUCCAAGGGCUUCACGGACGAGGAGAAGGACUUCUACCGCAGACUGGUACAUCGCAAUGUGAUUGAUGGCAUGGCCAUCCUCGUGCACACGAUCCAGGAGCAUGGCAUCCAGGUGGCGCCAGAGACCCGCGCUGCCAUUGAGCAGUUUGCCAGCUGGUUCCAAGUGUACCAAGCGUCGCGCCCCUCACUGCGUCUUAGCAACAAUCACUCACCCAUGAAUACACCAAAGCUCACCAGCUCAUCAUCAUCAAUAUCAUCAACAUCAAUCUCUCCCAAUACCAGCUUCAACCUGAACGACGCUGCUGCUUCCUCAUCCGAGUUGGGACAACUGAGCACCAGCUUCGAGGCCAAUGCCUCCCUUGUCGAGGACAAGGGUAUCCCCACACACAUCAGCGAACUAAUCAACAAGAUAUGGUCCGACUCUAUUGUACAAACAGAUGUUAUUAUCAAGGCCCAGAGAUACCAUAUCAAUGAUUCAGUUAAAUACUAUUUGAAUGAGUUGUCAAGAUUGAUCAAGGCAGACUACACACCAACUAGCUUUGAUAUAUUGAGCUCGAGGAGCCAGACAACUGGAGUGAUAGAGACAGACUUUAAGGUGGCAGAUGUGAUGUUCAAGAUUGUGGAUGUUGGAGGACAGCGUGGCGAGCGAAAGAAGUGGAUACACUUCUUUGAGGAUGUCACUGCCAUUGUAUACGUGGCGGCCAUCAAUGAGUACGACCAGAUGUUGGUCGAAGACGGAUCAGCCAACCGUCUCCAAGAGUCACUCACACUCUUUGACCAAGUGUGCAACGACGCCUCAUUCCCCAACUCAUCAGUGAUCCUCUUCCUGAAUAAGAUCGAUCUCUUCCAAGAGAAGCUCAAGCGUAUAUCAAUGCAAACAUGUUUCCCAGAAUACAAAGAGGACCAAACAUAUGAGCGAGCAUCAAAUUAUAUCAAGAACUUGUUCCUGAGCAAGAGGAAACAGUCUAGCAAGUUCGUUUACUCUCACUUCACAUGCGCCACUGACACCAAGUCCUUCGAGAAGGUGUUCAGCUCUGUACAAGAUAUCAUCCUUUCCAAUGUAUUGGACGCCACCGUUGUCUAA